CACAAGGAGAAUAAGUAGAUCGAGGCACUUGUACAAAUAGGAGAUACAUUUAAGUCGAGACAUAAAUUAAGGCUGUGUCUCUAUACAUGUAUCUCGUUUCCUUGGAAUUUACUCCUUCAAAACGUUACGUUCAACAUUUGGGGAGCAAGACGCCCGUUGUUCUGCAGGAUGUUAGGAACAGAGCUGCUGUCGGAGAUUCCAAGCCUCUUGUUGCUGGUUGUUUUGGCGUUGGUCUCAUUGUGGUGGAUGUCAACACGACGGCCAGCAGGAGUGCCUCCAGGACCAGGCUUUGCUCUUCCGCUGCUGGGUCAUCUGCAUCUUCUCAAAUCAGGUAUUCUUUCGAAGUUCGAAAUAUGGCGGCGACAAUACGGUGAUGUGUUCAGUCUGUAUAUGGGCAGCCAACUGGUGGUGGUGCUCAACGGCUACGAGGUCAUCAAGGACGCGAUGGUGAAACACGCCGAUGCCUUCUCUGACAGGCCGCACUUCUCUAUUGUAGAGAAGCUUAAAAUAAGAGGUGUUGUCGACAGCUCUGGUCCUGUGUGGAAAGCUCAGCGGAAGACGUCUUUGGAGAUCCUGCGAGAACUUGGCAUGGGUAAGAACAUCCUGGCUGAGAAAAUUCAGGAGGAGGUCAAGGAAUAUAUAGAGGCCAUCGCCAAAAAGAAUGGUGAACCACAGGAUCUGACCCGAAUAACCCAGGUCAGCGUGUCUAACAACAUCUGCUCCAUUGUCUUUGGCAAACGUUUCGAGUACGAGGACCCUGUUUUUAAGGGAUACAUGCAACGUAUAGAGGAAAACAUUCAAGCAGCAGGGACGGUUGCGGUCGUGCAGACAUUCCCUGUUUUUAGAUUCAUUCCUGGGGAUCCGUUUGGUGUUAGGAAAAUCUUCGACAAUGUUAUCGCGAUACUAAACACGCUCAUCAAACCUUUCAUCGACCUUCACGUCAAGAACUUCGACGAGAAUUGUGUGGACGAUUUUAUCAGCGCUUACCUCAGGGAAAUUAGAAAAGUGCAGCACAAACCAUCGGCCGAGUUCAUUAAUGAGGUGAACUUGAGAAAAGUAGUGAUGGACUUAUUCACGGCGGGAACUGAGACGACGUCGACAACUAUCCGCUGGGCCAUCACCUACUUCCUUCACCACCCUGACGUGAAGGACAGGUGUUAUGAGGAGAUCCACAGAGUUGUCGGUACUGAGCGAGUGCCCACCAUUCGCGACAGGCCAGAACUUGUCUACAUGGAGGCCACCAUCUUGGAAGUCUUGCGGUGUUCUAGCAUUGUUCCUUUCAGCGUUCCACACAGCACUGCUACUGAGGUGCAGUUUAGAGGAUAUACGAUCCCAAAGGGCACCUUGAUUACCCCAAAUCUGUAUUCUGUCCUGCACGCACCGGAAGUCUGGGGAGACCCUGACAACUUCCGUCCAGAACGGUUUAUCGGAAAAGACGGCAAACUGCUACGAUUUGAGGAGCACAUUCCGUUCUCUAUUGGACGGCGCGCGUGUCUGGGCGAAGCACUGGCGAGGAUGGAGCUGUUCUUGUAUCUGGCCGCCAUGAUACAGCGCUUUCGUUUUCUGCCACCGGAAACUGGAGAGCUGCCAUCUUUGCAAAGAACUUACGGCAUCAUUGACACUCCAAAACGCUACAUGGUGCGAGCUGUGCUCAGGGACUAAUAUAGCAACACGGAGUCAAGUAAAACUUUUGAACUGAUGAACAAAUAAAGAACAAAUAAACAUUUAAUUUACUUUUAAUAAACAUUUUAAUAAACAUUUAAUUUACUUAAGUGGACGUUAUGUUUAAACUCUUCCGAUACAAUACUGACUGUCAUUAAAGGUAUCUUAAAGAAUACAUUGUUUUGUUCUAGUUCUUUACAAGACCGCAAAAUCGCGUAUUUUAGACUAUAUUUUACAAGUCUCGUAUAAGCAUUCAAAUAAUAAACUUAGUUGGAAGUGCGGUGGGUAGAUUUAUCCUUGGGAAGGGUUGGAGGGGAUAAAUACUCUGUCUAGUCAUACUAUCGGAUAAGUAGGUAGGUAUGUGAGCUCGAUAUAACUACAAGUAGUACUCUUACACUAUUGUUUAAGUACCUGACAAACCUGUAAACGUCAUUCAAUGUUUUCUUGGCGGAUUCGUGGGAAUUGUUUGUCGCACUCUCACUCUUACCCUAACCAUUAGCAUAACCAUAAGAACAUCAAGAGCUGAACAAAUAAUUCUGUUCUCUAUAAAAGAUAAGGUCAUCGCAAUCAAACAUAUGAUACACUCAUUCAACCAUAUGUUUUUUUAGCUGUGUGCACACAAGCCGCUGCUUAGAUAAGUGAUAAAUGUACCAGAAGUGGUACACUUGUACCCGGGGUACUUUAUGUUCGCUGAGUCAACCUCUACGACUUUAACAGUAUGGUGAGGACUGAACAAUGUUUUUAAAUAGGUUACAGCCAUAAAAUACACGCAACGACACAUCAAUACUCCACUGAUG